CCUCCUUUCUUCCCACCCCUCCUGCGUCCUCCAGCCCCACCUCUUAUCAGACCCUGUCUCGGUUCUACCCAGCGUUCCCUCAGCCCAAGGAUCCGGUCCUCAGCCCCCCUUCCUUCUGUCUGUCCCUUCUCCUAGCACAUAGGCCCUACCCCAGAAUGCAGGUGCUUCCCUAAACCGCAGUCUACGCCCCCAAUCCUCAGACCCUCCUGCGGCCAGCAGACCCCAGCCGCUGCCGUCAGAACCUUCCUCAGGGCCCUUUCUUCAGCCCGGGGCCCCUGCCCUCAGACUGGCCUCUUCCUGGAUGCCUGCGUCUCAGAGCCUAGGGACCCUAUCCCUUCUCAGGUCCUACCCUUUAGGCCUCUGUUCCUCCAGCCUUUGGGUAAGCUGCAGACCCUCCUCCUGAGCCCCCAGACUCCUUGCUCUGGCUCAGAUCCCGUUCCUCUAGCCUUUCCAGCCCCUCUCCAGGACAGCAGAUGUCCUUAGAUCCUCUUCACUCUCAGACUCCCUUAGACCCCUGACCACCUGGUCUGUGGCUCUCUCAGAGCCCACCCUUUUCUCAUUCAGACCCCUCUGUGCAAAUCAGACCCCUCUUGAAUCCCUUCUCUUUUUCAUACUGUCCACCCCACCGCCCCAGGACUCCCAGCCAGCUCUGUCUUUAUCACCCCCAGAGGUCUAGUCCUUCGCUUUCUCCUGCCCUCAUGAGACCUGCUAGCUGAUUCCUGGCCAGGAGCUGGUUGAAUCUAGAGCCCACAGAUGCCCUCGCUUCCUUCUCCGUUCCCGGUGGAGCUGGGCUCUGUUCAGGAUCCAGAAGGCCAAGUGGGCCGUCUACAUCGCCUGGCUGUGGCCCGGGGCCCAGGCUGGGGCCUCACCAGGCUCCUGCGGAGAGUUGUCCAGGUGGACGGUGAGAAUUCUGCUGGGCAGACGGCACUCUUCCUCUCGGCGCUGCUGGGACGCAGCUCUGCCGUGCAGCUCCUGCUGGCCUUUGGUGCCAACCCCAACCACCGCUGCCUGGAUGGCAGCACACCUGUGCAUGCAGGCGCCUUCUCGGGCCGCAGCCUGGUGAUGCUGCACCUGCUGCAGGCGGGGGGUGACCUGCGUCUGCAUGACCAGCAGGGCCGCACCCCUCAGGACUGGGCAGAGCAAGGUGGUGCCAAGCAGAGCUGGGAGGUGAGCCCCAGCCAGGGUAGGGCAAGGGUACCAGGGCCAGCACCCCACCCUCCCUCACCUCUCAUGCCCGCCGUCCAGGUGCUGGAGCUGUUACAGCUCUGCCGGACUCACAUAUCAGCACUUGUGCACGGCAGUGAGUUGGCCCCCACUGCGUCCCUGGGGCAGGUGCAGGCCAGCUCUGGACACAGCCUGCGUGGUGGUUCCCUGCUCUUGCUGCGGCUGGUGCAAUCGGACAGGGCGCUGAGGCCGGAGCAGGUCAGGAGACCCCCCCAAAUUCCAGCCUUAGGGUUUGGCCAGCUCAGCAGCCUGGCACCCCUGGGGCUUGUAACGGGUGUGCCCCUUGCGGACCCCAAAGAGCUGCUGCCAGCGCAGGGCGAGCCUGACCGCACCUACAAGAGCAGCUCCCACACCCUCAUGGCCAACCUCCUGUGGAGGGGCCACCCCGUGACCGUGCGGCAGCUGCAGGCCCCUGGAACCCAGCCUGAUGUGCUGUUGGCUGACCUUCAGCACUGCAGCACCCUGCACCACCCCAACCUCUUGCUGCUGAUGGCCCUGAGCCCCUCGGUGGACCUGUCGGGGCUGCGCCUUCUCUUUGAACCUGUGUGGCUGGGCUCCCUGCAUGUGGUGCUGCACUCACGGGGACCGAGAGAAGGAGUAUCUGGCCCCCACCCUGUGCCAGGCCUGCCACCCGGCCACCUGCUGCUGCAGGUGCUGGAGGCCCUGCUGUUCCUGCAGGCCCGCUGGCGUGCUCACGGCGGCCUCAGCUCCCAUGCUGUGCAGCUGGUGCGGCCAGGCCUGGCCAAGGUGGGCAGCCUGGAGCACGGGCGCCCAUUGCACCAACACUGGCUGCGGCCCAGGCCACAGCAGGGCUACCCCUGGGGAGGCCCAGGCCCAGGGUUGCCCCCGCCUCCUGAACUGUACCCAUGGCUGCCACUUGAGCUCAUCCGCGGUGAUACGCCUGCUGCCACCUCAGACCUCUACAGCUUCUGCAUCCUGGCCCAGGAGGUCUUCACUGGAGAGCUGCCCUGGGCUGGAAGAGAGGGGCCUGAGGUGAAGGCUAAACUGGAGGCAGGUGAGAGCCCGGCCCUGGAUCCCCUGGUGCCAGCCCCCUACCAGGCCCUGGUACGGGCUGGACUGGGCCUAGGGCCUGCUGACCGCUGGGGCAGCCUGCAGAGUACGCAGUACCUGCUGCGGGAGGCCAUGGCCCAGGACUCGGCUGCUGAGGUGGGCUCCCCAGUGGACUGGACCACAUUGAGCCCUUCACCCCGGGGUUGUCCGCCAGAGUCACUGUACUAUGAGGUGGCUUCUGGAGCCAAGACUGCACCCCGGCCCGUGCCCCCUCUGAUGUCUCUAGGUCCCUCCCCAUCCCAGGUGCUGGGCCACAGCAGAGUCCAGAGGGGUAGAGCCUGGGACUCGGGUAGCAGCUUGACUCUAAGCAGCAGCCUGAGUCCCAGCCCUGACCUCUGCCCAGGCCGCAGCCCCACAGCCAGGGUCAGCCUGCACCGCUGCCUGGAGCCCAGAGCCACGGCGCCCAGCCCUGAGCUGAUCAGAGGAAGUCUCUUCUCCAGCCUGCAGAAGAUGGAUCUGCUGAAGGAGAUCAUAGCAGAGCUGCAAGGUGGAUGCCAGCUUGACCAGGCUCAGUCCCAUUCCUGACACAAAUUGUUAGGGUGCCAUGACAUCCACAUCUUCUCUGCAGAUGUCACCCCUCAGAGCCUCCCAGGAGUGACUCCCCACUUAGCACCUGCUGACAUGAUAAAAUGAUAAAGCAGCGCA